GUUGAGAACAAUCGAAGAGACGCUUGGGUUUUAAAAAACAAUUUUUCUUUGCACACAACGUACAGUCAAGUUUUUGCCGUCAAACCGUUCGGACGUGAAAUUUCUCUCUUACGAAACUAAGAAUUUUUUGUAAUUGUUGUGUGUCAACAAGUGGUGUACUAUUGUGCUUUAAAAUCAAACAAAUCAAAAGAUAAACAAUGGCUUUGAGCAGAUUAUCAUUCAUCAAACUCGCCGAGUUGGUCAUUACAAUCACAUGUAUGGUCCUUCACUACAACUCAGCUGGAGAAAAUGUCGACGCACAUUCAGCUAUGCUUAUUAACGGAGUAUUCGUUGGAUUUACAAUCAUCUUGGUUGCUUUGUUUGCUGGAUACCUCAUGAACACUCCAAUCAACAAGAGACUCGAUCUCUUCUUCUCGUUGGUUGGAGCUGCUGGCUUCAUCGCAUCGGGAAUCAUCAUCAUCAACCACUGGAAUGAUGACUCUGUCAGUGCUGUCACCGAAAAGUUAGGAUUCAACCGUAGUGACAGAAAAACUCUUGGAUUGGCUAAAGGUGGACUUGCAAUCGUCAACGGAAUUCUUUUCUUAGUCGAUGUCGUCUUCACAUUCAGAGAUUAAAAAGCGUUCACGACAAGCCAAUAAGAAUCUCAUAAACUUAUCUUCGCUUCACAACGCUUUUGUCAUCACACUCAUUUGCAUAAAAUUUAUUGCUAUUAUUCAUUUUUUUCAUAAUUUUCCUCAAUAACAAAACCCUAAAAUGGACCAAAAUCUUCAAAAAAAAAAUGUAAACAAAACUAAAAUUUACAUCGAGCAGGGUACAAAACAAGAAUCAAAAUAUUUCACAGAUUUUUUGUUCUUUUCAAUAGUUUUCUAGAUAUUUCUAAGCGCUUUGAUAUCACAAUAUAUUGUAUGUAUGUUGCGUUAUGUACAUCUUACAAAUGUCUUGACGAAAAAUUUGCAUUUGGGCUUACCACUUGUAUCUUCAUUUUUUCGUAGAUCAUCCAACAUGUCUUUGGAUGGUCUUCGAAAAAAUGAAGAUGCAAGUGAUAAACUAAACCCAAAUGCAAAUUUUUCGGCAAGACAUUUGCAAGAUGUACACAAAGCAAUGUAUCACAUUAAAAUAAUUAGGGUUUGACAAAAAUGAUCACCGACUGAUCAUCGUCAGUGAUAAUCAAACCCUACAAAUUUAUAAGAAAUUGCGAUUAAAUUCCAAACACAUCCAUGUAAAGCACAGAAAGAAAAGCUUCAACAAAUUACAAAUAUAAAUGUUAGAU